AUGGCGCAAAACUCCACUCCUGAUAGCAAAUUCAGUACCUGGCAUGGCGCUGGAGCUGCCGAGUUUGACUUACGCAGCGACACAAUGACCAAGCCAACCCCGUCUAUGCUCGACGCGAUCUGCCAGACCACCUUGUUAGACGACGUCUUCAACGAGGACCCUACGACCAACUCAUUACAAAGCUAUGUGGCAGAGCGGACUCAGCAUGAAGAUGCACUCCUAGUCCUGUCAGGUACGAUGGGCAACCAGGUUGCUAUUCGCUCGCAUCUGACCCAACCCCCAUAUGCCGUCUUGUGCGACCAUCGAUCUCACAUCACCGUGGCACCAAAGAACGGCAUUCAUUUGACUCUUGAGGAUAUCCAGAAAUAUGCUAUUCUCGAUGAUAACAUCCAUCACUGUCCUACCAAACUGAUCAGUCUGGAGAAUACCCUAGAUGGUAUGAUCAUGCCUUUGACGGAGGCUCGCCGUAUUGUCGAAUGGGCCCAUGAAAAUGAUAUCAAGGUGCAUUUGGACGGCGCAAGACUAUGGGAGGCUGUUGUGUCGGGUGCUAGCAGUCUGUCCGAAUAUACAAAUAUCUUCGACAGUGUUAGCUUGUGUUUCUCCAAGGGCCUUGGCGCCCCGAUCGGUAGCAUUAUCGUCGGAUCUCAGGCCUUCAUCAAAAAGGCCCGCUGGUUCCGCAAGUCUAUUGGAGGCGGUGCCCGUCAAACCGGGGUCUUUGCUGCCGCCGCCCGGGUGGCCCUCGACGAAACCUUCGGAACGGACAACCACGGUCAGACUGGCAAGCUAUCGGCCACCCAUGCCAAGGCUAAGCGGGUCGAAGAACUCUGGACUAGUCGUGGAGGCAAGCUGCAGUAUCCCGUGCACACCAACAUGGUUUGGCUGGAUCUGGAGGCGUCCGGGGUGGGACCCAACGACCUGGCAGUGAUUGGCGAGGAGAAAGGUCUAACAUUACUCGGCAAUCGAGUAGUCAUCCACUACCAGGUCUCCAACGAGGCGAUUGCGCGCCUCGAACAGGUGUUUGACAUUGCCAUGAAGGGCCAAUAUCGGCGUAGUGAUGAUUCAAGCAGAGCCUAUGGUAGCAAACAGACUUGA